AUGGAAGAGCCGAGAAAGGGCAAGACCAUUAGGUCGGCAUUUGAUAGCACUACAUUCGAUGCGGAUGUGUCUAUACAUGUAGAUCGGAAAGUUGGAUCAGCUACUAUAUCUCCCUCUGGGAGAGAUGUCGCUCUAGCAUCAACUGAUGGCUUAGACAUAAUUGAUCUCGAUUCUCCUCUCAACCCCCCACGACAUCUUCGGCAUGGCCUGCCAUGGCUUGUGGCCGAUGUCCAAUGGUGCCCUUUCGCAGUUCGCGACUACUGGGUGGUUAGCACUGCUAAUCAAAAGGCUCUCGUGUGGAAUUUAAAUAUGCAGGAGGACGCAUCCCAUGGCGCAAUUGAGCAUACAUUACAUGGGCACACAAGGGCUAUCACCGACAUCAAUUUCUCAGCACAUCAUCCAGACAUGCUGGCAACAUGUGCUGUUGAUGGAUAUGUACACUGUUGGGACCUCCGAAGACCACGACAACCUGCUCUUAGCUUUUGUGAUUGGUUUGCUGGUGCAACGCAGGUCAAAUGGAGCCGUCAAGAUCCACACAUCUUAGCUUCAUCCCAUGAUAGAUGGUUACGGAUUUGGGACGAUAGAAAAGGCGCUGUUCCAUUAAGGUCCAUUAAUGCACAUGAAUCAAAAAUAUACGGUGUUGAUUGGAAUCGUACUCGUGCUUCAAGCUUAGUUACUUGCUCGUUGGAUAGAACAAUCAAAUUUUGGGAUUAUGAAAACGAAUCUGAUGUUCCCGAGCGCACUAUACAUACCGGAUUCCCUGUUUGGAGAGCUCGACACACGCCGUUUGGCUGCGGAAUUCUAGCUAUGCCUCAGGAUACUCCUGGAGACCUCCAUCUCUAUGAUCGGCGCAUUACAGGUGACAAUUCUACGGAUACCAUCACGGAAGCAGUCAUUACCUUUCCAGGGCACGGGAAUUCGAAGGUUAAAGAGUUUCUUUGGAGGGGUCGUGGAAGCAUCACAGAUGAAGGAGAAGAUAAUAGAGAAUUUCAGCUCGUUACUUGGGGUGAGGACAAUCAAUUAAAAAUGCAACAUGUGAACCCUGAUACACUCGAAGGCGUUGGCUUUGUGAAAGGGGCAAAAGUCCACGGAAAGCUCAACCUCACACGUAAAGGAGCAGUUUACAAGACGUUCCGUACCACAGAAACAUCUGCAAGCGAUAAGAAAAGCGCCACAAUUACAGGCCCUCGACCUAAUAGUUCUGGUUUGAAAUUGAGUGCAUUGGGUGCUGGAAUAAAAAAGAUGUCAUUGCCUCAUAGUACACGUACUCACACUACAAUUCGCGCCCCUACUAUGAGAGGCAAGGAAAAAGCAGCAAAACAAGAAGACCUUAACCAAUCCCAAAUUGGUUGGAUGAGUGGAAUAAAGUUCUCAAAACCCGAGAACGGAUCCAUGCCUCGGAAGCGAUCAAUGUCAAGAAGAAUGUCUUUGCUUAGUCCAGAAUUUGAAGAAGAUGGUGAUUGGGAUGAACCGGAAACCUUACAUGAUGAGAUUAUACGCAUCAAUGAGCAGCUUCCAAAGAUCACAUUCGAUGAUGUUGAUAUGGAUAAGAGAACGGUCAUUGUCUCCAUGAACGGGCCAUGGGGUGAAGAUAGCACUCCGAUUUAUAUCAAGACAACUAUCUCAUUUCCAGACCAGUACCCGGAAAGCAAAGCUCCCACUUUCACACUUGGUAAAACGUCCCUCAUGUCUGAUGAGACAUUCAAUAAGCUGAGAAAGGAAGUGCAACAAAUCGCGGCAAGCUUUGUGAGCCGCAGGCAAGGUUGCCUUGAAGCGGCUCUUUGUUAUCUCCUUGGAGAGGUUGAUCUUGAGACGAGUACCAUAUUCUUUCAUGAUACAGAUGAUCUAGACGAUGAUGACUUGGAUGGCCUUGCCGAUGAAAGCUCAAGCGACGAGGAGGAUAACGAUAUCCCUCCAGGCGCCUCAGCAAUGAUGUCUCAAGAACUGGAUUCCAGUGCCACGGCGGAAACAUUGAUCAGCAUACCACGGAAUGUCAAUGUACCACUACCUAGACUUUGCGGUGCUCGAUUUGCAAUGAAUGGCAAGCUUGUUUGCUUCUUCCCGCCAAAAGAAGAUAAAGUGAAGUCCUUAUUAGAGAAGAUCACCGAUUCUAGAAAUGCUCGACCGCGGGGUGAGCCUAAUUUUGAUGCCUUUGGUCGAUUGGCAAAUAACAGCUCGCCCCAACCACGCAUUAAGGCUACAUCAAUGACUGAAGAUAGUAAGGCUGAUUCUGAAGUGUCAGACGAAUAUGAUUCGUCGACCAGCAGCGAUACGGAUUCAUCACAAUUUCGCAUCACUCGAUAUCCUGCGAUGACUGAGUACUGGCGUCGAUCGAAUCGUCGAUUCCCUUUGAGGGGAUCACCAACUAUAUUGUCACAAAGGUCAGGUGGCACGGGAACUGGUACGGGAACCAACACAGCUACCGGAACUGGUCUCAGCAGAGUACGACCUGUAAAGCCCAAAAACAUCAUAUCAAUAUGCGAUGUAAGUGAUAUCCUUCCUGCAAAGGUUUACCUAGCGGAGGAAUACACCAUUUUUGGAAAUGGUCCAUAUCUUUGUGAGAAUAAUGCAAAUAUUGCCGAAAAGCACGGACACAGUAAGUUAGCCGAUGUAUGGAGAUAUGCUGCUAUGCUAUUACACAAUGAUAUUCCGCUUGAAGUUCUCGAACAAAGUCAACGGCGUGAGCCUGUUUUAGUCAUAGCUGAAAGCAUGGCAAAGAGACAUCGUCGCGACAGCGGCUCGGAUAGUGGUAUCGAUGUUUCGCAUGAUAAACGCUGUAGGCGAGGCAGUUUCUCCGGUAGAGUCAAAUGGGGAAGCAGCCCCCUCGCCAAGCAAUUGAUUGCAGACCUCUUCACGCACUUUGAGGAGCUCUGUGAUGUACAAAUGCUGGCGAUGCUAUCUUGUGUGUUUAGUGAACCGGUUGCUUCGGCGGCGCCAUCACAUGCUGGACAUGCCGAAGUUGGCAUAAGCCAACCGCAAACACCUCUUUCUAUGAAAACACCUGCGUUUUCAGUUAAUUAUUUUCCCAACAAUGGGGCGGCUUGGAGCAUGUAUCAAAAGACCCCGAUGGAUUCUGCUGUGUCAACCCCAAAAAUAGCAAACACUCCUUCUGGAAUAUAUGGAUCCAUGGGAUCUUCCACCGGUGCCUGGGGCAGUGAUCCUGCCUCGGCUUCGUACUCCUGCGGUGAUACUCCCCCUUUACGGUCAAACAGAGCAAGCUCAGAACAUCUUUCUCAAAAUACUCAAAGCCUUUCCACUUCUCCAGAUAAUCCGAGAACCUUUCGCCGUGGAAAUUCAAGUCUAGCCUCAAGUUUUGCCGCAAACUUUUCGCGACCAUUUUCUAUUGCCGCAUCAUCCUCACCACCGAAUCCACCUCCAAGCCGGAAAAGGCCUAGCCCAGUUGAACAUAUGUUAAGCUUAGCCCCUAGUGCUAUCACCUGGGGAAAUACAACAGUCCUUGGUAGCGUGAAAGAACAAGUGGGUACAGAGCAACUAGCUUUUUCAGAUGAUGAAAGUACAAUGGAUGAGCUAAAACCAAGUGUCUGCGUGGGAAUCAAGUUGACAUUAGAAAAUGAAAAUGGGUUUGAUGACGAAGGCUGUAUGGGCACAUCGCUGUUGGACAGUAGCCACACGGCCCGUCACAUGAGCUAUCGUCAAGCUUACGCUGAACUACUUUAUUGUUGGGGAUUUCCAUUGGCUAGAUUGGAAAUUUUGAAGUUUAAUGGAAUACGGAGCCAUACCUCCGAACUCGAUAUUGCUGAUAAUAAGUCAUUUGCAGCCUCAAUAAUAUCUAACGAUAGCCAUACUAUAAUCCACGAAGCAUCACCUCCAUCACAAAUUGUUUUAGGGAAGAGGGAUCAGCACUCCUCAUCAAGCGAUCAGGGUCUAGAAGUCGCGGGUUACUGUCUCAAGCACGAAGCGCGUCUGGAUGCUCUCCACUCUAGUUCUAUCGGCGGUGCUGCUGGACGUUGUGAUCGCUGUAAGACUGUUCAGCGCCAACUUCGUUGCACAAUAUGUACUGAGCCCAUCAGUGCAGUAUAUUUACCAUGUCUAUCAUGCGGCUGUGCAACACAUCAGCAUUGUUUGAUCGAAUAUCGAUCUACUGGUAGUAACGAGUGUCCCGGUGGCUGUGAUUGCGAUUGUGCAGAUAAAGCCAGUAUGGGGCUAAUAGAAAGUUUUGGAGUCAUGAUCGAAUUUAUGCGAGCAUUAGAGCGAAAGAAACAGCUUACCGACAAGGAGGAUGUUGAAGAGUGGGUCGCACCAGUGGAGGAAAAAGAUGAGUGGGAGAAUAUUAACAUUCCUUCGGGUGGAUUAGGCAGGAACCCUUCUACAUUGACAAAACGAGUCGAACAAGUCAGAAGUGGGGAUUGGAAUGUGAAGAAGAAACCGAGUAGUUUGAGAAAGGAGGAGAGUUUUUCAUAUCUUGCUUGA